CGACCAAACUCCAUCUCUUUUAAUUAAUUAAUCCCCAUAAUCCCUUUGAAUGGAGUACUAGUGGUAUGAUUGACCUAGCCAGCUAGCAUGCAGGACGUUGUUGCAUCCAAGAAGUUGCCGAGAAGUUUCUCUUCUUUCUUUAAUCCACUUCUGAUUAUCUAGAAUUAUUUAUUUUGUGUUAAUUACUGGCCUAUAAUUGUACCUCUUGGUGAAUGGUAAUCACGCAUCAGAGAGCUCAGAGGAUGACUUCUUCCAUGGCCUUUCAAGGACCUUCUUCCUCUUCCUUACACUUUCCUUCUUCUCCUAUCCGACCAUGGAAUCAUGAUGUGUUCUUGAGUUUUAGAGGUGAAGAUGUUCGUCAAAACUUUAUAUCCCAUCUAUACCAAGCUUUGUAUCAAAAGGGAAUCAAUACUUACAUAGACAACAAUCUUAAAAGAGGAGAGGAAAUUUGGCCAGAACUUUCUAAUGCUAUUGAAGGGUCAAUGAUUUCGAUCAUUAUAUUCUCUAAAAACUAUGCAGAAUCUAAAUGGUGCUUAAACGAGCUAUUGAAGAUUCUUGACUGCAAGGAAAAGAUGAAGCAAUUUGUUCUCCCAAUAUUUUAUAACGUAGAUCCAUCAGAAGUGCGGCAUCAAAAAGAAGAUUUUGGAAAAGCAUUCACCGAACUUUCAGAGAAAAUCAAGGAUAAUGUGAAGGUGCUGGAGUGGAAGGUAGCUUUGGAAAAGGUAGCCGAUUUUUCUGGGUUCCCAUUAGCGAGCUUCCGGGAUGAAUCAGAACUUAUCCAUACAAUAAUCGAAUGGGUGGACUUGAGAAUAGUAAACCAUACAUCUUUACACGUAGCCAAGUAUCCAGUUGGACUAGAGUCUCGUGCACAGGAUGUUUAUCAGCAUUUAAGUAUUGGAAGGAAAGAUAUUACAUGCAUGAUAGGGAUAGUUGGAAUUGGUGGAAUCGGUAAGACAACUAUUUCAAAAAAGAUCUACAACAUGAUUUCUUCACAAUUUGAAGGAAGUUGUUUCUUGAAAGAUGUUAGAGAAACUUCACAGCGACCGAGUGGUCUAAUUCAGUUGCAAAACAAACUUCUUUAUGAAAUCUUAAGAAUAAAUAUGGAUGUUCGUGAUAUUGAUAGAGGAGUCAAUGUGAUUUGGCAUAGACUUCGCUCUAAAAGGGUUCUCCUCAUUCUUGAUGAUGUGGAUGAAUUAGUCCAACUAGAAAAUUUAGCUGGUGAUCGUGAUUGGUUUGGUUUAGGAAGUAGGAUCAUCAUCACAACAAGAGAUCGACAUUUACUAAAUAACCUUAAAGCCGAUUCAGUAUACGAGGUGAAGAUAUUGGACAACAAUGAAGCUCUUCGACUCUUUAGUUGGCAUGCUUUCGAGAAAGAAGAACCGAUUGAAAAUUAUGUGGAACUCUCUAAACAAGUAUUGCAAUAUGCUAAAGGCCUUCCACUAGUUUUAACAAUUCUAGGUUCGGAUCUAAAAGGUCGAAGUUUACGUCAAUGGGAAAGUGCAUUGGAUAAGUAUGGAAAAACUCCCAACGGAAAUAUUCAGAAAGUACUUCAAACAAGUUAUGAUGGGUUGGAUAAUAAUGAGAAGGAUAUGUUCCUGGAUAUUGCAUUUUUCUUCAACGGAGGACUCUUGGCUGAUGUCAUAAAAGUAUUUGACAGUUGUAGUUUUUCACCAGAUGAUGGUAUCAACAGGCUUAUAGACAAGUGUCUUAUUACUGUUGAUAGCGAUGCAUUGUGGAUGCAUGACGUGCUACAAGAUAUGGGUCGGGAAAUUGUUAGACUACAAUCACCCAAAGAACUUGGUAAACGCAGUAGAUUGUGGUUUCAUGAGGAUGUUCGUCAUGUGUUAGAAGAAUGUACGGGAAUAAACAAAGUUGAAGGCAUGGUAAUAGAUUUGCCUGAUAGUGAAGACAUGAUAAACUUGGGUCCUGAUGCAUUUGUAUCAAUGAAAGGACUUAGAGUUUUUAUAAAUCGUAAUGCACGUUUUUCUGAAGGGCCUAAUUACCUUUCCAAUGAGUUAAGAGUACUCGAUUGGUCUGAAUAUCCUAUGCAAUCUUUACCACCCAAUUUCAAUGGAAAGAAACUCAUUGUCUUUCGAAUGCGUGAUAGCUUGAUCAUGGAGUUAGGCCAGAGAUUCAAGAAUUUGAGGACUGUGGAACUCAUUAAUUGUAAAUUCUUAACGAAGAUUCCAGAUCUUUCAAGUGCUUCAAAUUUGGUGGAAUUGAACGUUAAAUAUUGUGCAAGUCUAGUUGAGGUGCAUGAUUAUGUUGGAUUCCUGGAUAAUCUUUCUUAUUUGUCUUUUGAAGAAUGUCCUAACCUCUCGAUAUUUCCAAGAAGCCUCAAGCUGAGAUCUUUGCAUCAGCUUAAACUUAUUGGUUGCGCAAGCCUUCGUAAUUUUCCUGAAAUCGAGAGUAAAAUGGAAAAACUCCGUAAUUUAUAUGUAGAGGGCAUUGGAAUUGAAGAAUUCCCUUUAUCCAUAAGGAAUCUGGUUGGCCUUCAUCUUUUAUAUAUAACGAGUUGCAAAAAACUUGUUUGUUUCCCAACUUGCACUCUUGAGUUGAAGCAUCUAAGAAGUCUUUCCAUCGAUGGUUGUCAAAAUAUUGUAAAUUUUGGAAAGAGGGGUGAUAAGAGACAAUCCAUUCUGGCUAUUGAGUCUACAGCAAUAGAAGACGAGAUAUCGUCAAGUGAAGAACAACUCCAUGAAUUGCCACCUCCAGCAAAUUCAAGCCAUGGGUGCACUACAUUACAAGUGUUGAAUCUUCCAAAUUGUUCCCAAUCAGAAUCAAAUUUCUUUACCAUAUUUAAUUCCUCGGCCAGUUUGACUUUCUUGGAUCUAUCAAAAAGUGAAAUUGUUAGCCUUCCUCCUAGCAUAAAAGGUUUUGUCGGAUUGGUUGUACUUAAGAUGACCGAUUGUAAGAAACUUGUAGAAAUACCAGGGCUUCCACCAAAUAUAGAAGAAGUACAUCUUAAUAAAUGCAAGUCAUUAGAAAGAUUUCCAGAAGUAUCAAAAAUAUUGCAAUCCCAUAGAAGCCACAUCAGAUCGUUAGCAUGGAUUAACUUGUCCUACUGCGACAAAAUUAAUGUGAAUAUAUGGAAUCGUCACGGGCCAAAUCCUUUAUUGCAGAAGGGACAUUAUCAUAAAGUGUCGUCAUAUAGUGGGCGUUUUGCGAGGCCUAAUGAUGUCAAACUGAGUGGAACAAAAGCAUGGGUUAUAGAUAUUGAGGGGCCACACUAUUUGGAGAAUAUUAGUGGGAUAGCUUUAUAUUGUGUUGUGUUUUUUAAACGACGUGACUGGCUUUGGGAUAAGAUAAGGGCUGCGAUAACCUGCGAUGUCUCAAACCAUGUAUGCUACAUUAACAGAGGGGUUGAAUUGCAUAAAUUUGAUUUUCAUUCAACGUCAUAUAAAGUAUGGGUGGCAUACUCAUCAAUAGAAUCUUUUAAGCUUAAGGUUUUGGACAAUCUUAGAGUUCAUUUCUAUGUCGAGAGAGAUCAUAUAACGAAGUUUUAUAAAAGUUGCGGAGCCAAUGUGGUAUACAAGGAUGAAAGGAGAGCAAGGGAAGAAAAAGAAACAAGGAAUCAUUUCGUUAGGGGUUUUGUUUAAGGCAUGCAGGCUACAGCCAGACAAUUUGUUGGUCACUGCUUUAAAAAAUGGAUGAAUUAAUGAUAUCCCAAGUCGCCUCUAUUGGUCACUGAUGAUUGAGAAUUGACUGCCCUUUCAUCUGCAACCAACAUCGGAUGACCUUUGACCU